GGAAGGGAAACGGAGAGCGCCACCGGAAGCGAGCUAGUACGUGCUGUGUAAUCCGCCUUGGCGCCGAGGCCUCCCGGACCUCCCGAAAAUGCCGGAUUAUCUCGGGGCCGACCAGCGCAAGACCAAGGAGGACGAGAAAGACGACAAGCCCAUCCGAGCCCUGGAUGAAGGGGACAUUGCCUUGCUGAAAACCUAUGGUCAGAGCACUUACUCAAGGCAGAUCAAGCAGGUUGAAGAUGACAUUCAGCAACUUCUCAAGAAAAUUAAUGAGCUCACCGGCAUUAAGGAGUCCGACACCGGCCUGGCCCCGCCAGCGCUCUGGGACUUGGCCGCAGACAAGCAGACGCUCCAGAGUGAGCAGCCUCUGCAGGUCGCCAGGUGUACGAAGAUAAUCAACGCGGAUUCCGAGGACCCGAAAUACAUCAUCAACGUGAAGCAGUUUGCCAAGUUUGUGGUGGAUCUCAGUGAUCAGGUGGCGCCCACGGACAUCGAGGAAGGAAUGAGGGUUGGUGUGGACAGAAAUAAGUAUCAGAUCCACAUCCCACUGCCUCCCAAGAUUGAUCCAACAGUUACGAUGAUGCAGGUGGAGGAAAAGCCUGAUGUCACAUACAGUGAUGUUGGUGGCUGCAAGGAACAGAUUGAGAAGUUGCGAGAAGUCGUUGAAACCCCACUGCUUCAUCCAGAGAGGUUUGUUAACCUUGGCAUUGAGCCACCCAAGGGCGUGCUGCUCUUCGGUCCUCCGGGCACAGGCAAGACUCUCUGUGCGCGAGCGGUGGCCAACCGCACCGAUGCCUGCUUCAUCCGGGUGAUUGGAUCCGAACUUGUGCAGAAGUAUGUCGGUGAGGGGGCUCGGAUGGUUCGUGAACUCUUUGAAAUGGCCAGAACAAAAAAAGCCUGCCUCAUCUUCUUUGACGAAAUCGAUGCCAUUGGAGGGGCUCGCUUCGAUGACGGUGCAGGGGGCGACAACGAAGUGCAGAGGACGAUGCUGGAACUCAUCAAUCAGCUGGACGGCUUUGACCCCCGAGGCAACAUCAAAGUGCUCAUGGCCACCAACAGGCCCGACACUCUGGACCCAGCGCUGAUGAGGCCAGGGCGGCUGGACAGGAAGAUCGAAUUUAGCCUGCCUGACCUGGAGGGUCGGACUCACAUCUUCAAGAUUCACGCGCGUUCGAUGAGCGUUGAAAGGGACAUCAGAUUUGAACUGCUGGCUCGGCUCUGUCCCAACAGCACUGGGGCCGAGAUCAGAAGCGUCUGCACAGAGGCGGGGAUGUUUGCCAUCAGAGCACGGCGGAAGAUCGCGACCGAGAAGGAUUUCCUGGAGGCCGUGAACAAGGUCAUCAAGUCUUACGCCAAAUUCAGCGCCACGCCUCGGUACAUGACGUACAACUGAGCCCCGAAGGGCUU